CUGAUGACACUUCUCGGAAAUCGCGGUUGCGUUUUAGUUGCCAGUUUCCUUGGUGUACGCCUUGCCUUAGUGAAGAAGCGUGCAACUAAAUUGAAAGAGGUUAGGCUACUAUUUUUGUGUUUUCUUGCGAAAUAUAUAUGUCGUCGCACGGUCCUCUGUCAUCCAUUGACUGCACAGUGUCAGUAAAAUAAUAGACAACUCGACAAAACUUACAGUUUCAAUGUUGAUAUAUAUGUGAAAAUUAAUACCAACGUACAAAACCUAUUGGACAGUUUCAGAGAGAGUGAAUGGCCGGUAGAGGAUUUAUGACGUCACCUCACCUCUAGUAUGACAAAGUAAAUGUGUAGUUAUAUUUCGCCAAAUUAAGAUGUACAUUCGCCGACCUAGGAGUCUAACCAGAGCGAAAAUAAUAUUUGCUACAAUUGUUGGCAUAUUUGGAGGCGUAUAUAUUUGGAAACCACUGUUAAGAGAAGAACUGAGUAAAAAAAAAGCCGAACAACCUGAGAUAGCAAUUGAAUUUGCAGAAGAGGGGAAAAGUGUAAAAUCAAGUCUUUGGCAUCAACAUCUUUUAAUAUACAACAUGAAGAGAUCAGGACUAUUCAAUAUAAUUAAUAGCCAUCCUGCAUUAAUAUUGGCUACAGGAUUACUUUUUACAGGAGGUAUGAUAUUUUCAUACCGUAAAUUGAUACGUCCUGUUUUGGUUGAACAGAAGUACAGAGAAGCUCAAGAUUAUGCAGAAUACUUAUUUAAUGAAGAAUUUAAACAGAAAGUAGCAAACAAAUCUGAUUCUUAAGGAACACUCACGUUGUAGUAUAAGAUUAUGAACAAAAGCAAUGCAGUGGAUAUGAACACCUAGAUGUGUAUAUCAAGAAUAGAAUACCAUCAGUUGCAGUGGGUGCUGACUGCAUUACUCCCUAUGCAUAACAUUUCUCACACGAGAGGUGGAUGUGUGUUUGUCCUUAAUGUCCCUAGUGUAUGUAUCAUAUUGAGAACUUAAUAUUGUUAUGUACUGAUGUUAUGAAGCACUCUUUGCAUUCUGAAUUGUAUUAUAAUUAUAACUGUUAAUAAAUUCUCCAUUUAAUUAUU